AUGGCGCAGCAAAGAAAUCAAGCAGACGAAAUGAAAUUCUGCUGUUCGAUCUGUUUGGAUCUACUGAAGGAUCCGGUGACUAUUCCCUGUGGACACAACUACUGCAUGAGCUGUAUUAAAGCCCACUGGGAUAAAGAAGGCCAGAAGAAAUGUCACAGCUGUCCUCAGUGCAGACAGACUUUCAACCCGAGGCCUGCCCUGGUGAAGAACACCAUGUUGGCAGAGUUGGUGGAUGAAAAGAAGAAUGUUCCAGCUGAUCACUGCUAUGCCAGACCUGGAGAUGUGGUCUAUGAUUUCGGCACUGGUAGGAAUGUUAAAGUUGUUGAAGCCUCUGUUAAGCUUCAGGACAACAUCUGCUCUCUUCAUAAUAAGUUAAAAGAGAUUUACUGCCGCACUGACCAGCAGUGUAUCUGCAUUCUCUGUUUACUGGACGACCAUAAAGGCCACGACAAAGUCUCAGCUGUAGCAGAGAGGACGGAGAAGCAGAAGAAGCUCGGUGAAAGUCGGCAAAGAAUCCAGCAGAGAGUCCAGGACCGAGAGAAAGACUUGAAAAAGCUUCAGGAAGAGACGGAGACCAUCAAUCACUCUGCUGAUAAAGCAGUGGAGGACAGUGAGAAGAUUUUUACUGAGUUGAUUUGUCUCAUUGAGAAAAGACGCUCUGAUGGGAAGCAGCAGAUCAGAUCCCAGCAGGAAACUGAUGUGAGUCAAAUCAAAGAUCUUCAGGAGAAGCUGAACCAGGAGAUCACUGAGCUGAAGAGGAAAGACGCCGAGCUAGAGCAUCUCUCACGUACAGAGGACCACACCCACUUUCUUCAUGGUUACCCCUCACUGUCAGAGCUCCCUGAGUCUACAGACUCACCAAGACCAAACAUCUACUGUCUGCAGUACUUUGAGGAUGUGGUGGCAGCUCUGACAGCAGCCAGAGAUAAAAUGCAUGCCAUUCUUACUGGGACAUGGAGUUUAGCAGAGCCGACUACCAGAGCUGAGUUCUUACGAUAUUCACGUGAAAUCACACUGGAUCCAAACACAGCAGGUAGAUGUCUUGUUUUAUCAGAGGGCAACAGAAAAGUAACAUUUGAUGGAAAAAAUAAACCAUAUCCUAAACACCCAGAAAGAUUCAGUCAACAACCUCAGGUCUUGAGUAAAGAUGGACUGACUGGACGUUGUUACUGGGAGGUCACGAUGAGCAAGGAUGCCAGAGUAGCAGUCGCUUAUAAGAGUAUCAGCAGAUCAGGGGACAUUAAGGCACAUGCAUUUGGAUUCAAUAAGAAGUCUUGGGCACUCUAUUGUUUUGAUGUUUAUACCUUCAUGCAUGACAACCACAGUGUCAGCAUCUCAGGCCCUGUAUCCUCCAGAAUAGGAGUGUACCUGGAUCACAGAGCAGGUAUUCUGUCUUUCUACAGCGUCUCUAAAACUAUGACUCUCCUCCACAGAGUCCAGACCACGUUCACUGAGCCGCUCCAUGCUGGAGUUUAUGUUUAUGGUUCUGACGGAGACACUGCUGAGUUCUGUAAACUCGAGUAG